AUGCAAACCAGCGGAGCAGCAGUUAAAGCACAGGUGUGUCCUCCUCUCCAGAGAUAUGGAAAUCAUCCGCUCCGGGAUCGAGUCUCUGGACGGCCGGCCGUGAAGCAGUCGGGAGAUGCCUCGCCGCUCCUGGUCAAGAGAAAGCAGUCGGCCUGCGGAGGAUGGCGCUGGACGGAUCCGGACGCCUGCUUCCUUCCCGGCUCAGGCGCGGGACCCGCCGGUUCCUCUGAGUUCUUGUGCUCCGUGUGUCACAAGAUCUUCCCGCUGCAGCGCAUGCUGACCCGACACCUGAAGUGCCACAGUCUGAUCAAGAGACACCCCUGCAGGUUCUGUGGGAAGGGCUUCAACGACACCUUCGACCUGAAGAGACACAUGAGGACACACACAGGCAUCCGUCCGUACCGCUGUGAUCUGUGUGAGAAGGCCUUCACGCAGCGCUGCUCUCUGGAGUCUCACCUGAGGAAGAUCCACGGUGUCCGGCAGCAGUACGCUUACCGCCAGCGGCGCUCCAAGAUCUUCGUGUGUGAGGACUGCGGCUUCACCUCGUCCCGACCGGACGAAUACUUCCUCCACGUCCGACAGCAGCACCCCAGCAGCCCCGCGCUGCGCCGCUAUUACCGCAAACACAUGCUGGAGAGCCCCGCGCAGCACACCAUCAGCCCCUUCAUGCUGUACCCCGCCGCCGGCCUCUACAUGUGAGUGUGUGUGUGUGUGUGUGUG